CUCCAUGAGACCAUUCGUGUGAAAAGCGGAGCCUGGGAUGACAACAGUGUUUUUAUCUACACGACAUUAAAUCACAUCAAAUACUGCCUUCCUAAUGGAGAUGGUGGGAUAAUAAAGACACUGGAUGUCCCUAUUUACAUCACUAAGGUUUCUGGAAACACCAUCUUCUGCUUGGAUCGGGAUGGGAAGAAAAGAACCAUAGUUGUUGAUGCCACUGAAUAUAUUUUUAAACUUUCCCUGUGGAAGAAAAAAUAUGACCAUGUUAUGAACAUGAUAAAGACUUCGCAGCUUUGUGGGCAGGCUGUGAUUGCUUAUCUCCGGCAAAAAGGCUUUCCUGAGGUUGCCCUCCAUUUUGUGAAUGAUGAGAGAAUUCGAUUCAAUUUGGCUUUAGAGAGUGGGAACAUUCAAAUUGCUGUUGCAUCAGCUUCAGCAAUUGAUGAGAAAGAUUACUGGUAUCGUUUAGGGGUUGAGGCUCUUCGUCAGGGUAAUACUGGGAUAGUGGAGUAUGCGUAUCAGAGGACAAAAAAUUUCGAGAGAUUGUCUUUCCUAUAUCUCAUCACGGGUAACACGGAGAAACUUUCUAAAAUGCUGAAAAUUGCUGAAGUAAAGAAUGAUGUGAUGGGCCAGUUUCACAAUGCCUUAUAUAUGGGUGAUGUCCGACAACGGGUUAAAAUCUUGGAGAAUGCGGGUCAUUUGCCUCUGGCUUACAUCACUGCAUCAGUCCAUGGGCUUCAUGAUGUUGCUGAACGGCUUGCAGCUGAACUUGGGGACAACAUUCCAUCUUUGCCUGGGGGAAAAGUACCAUCUCUUUUAAUGCCACCUUCACCUCUCACGUGUGCUGGUGAUUGGCCCCUUCUUAGGGUCAUGCGAGGCAUAUUUGAUGGCGGGCUUGACAGCAUGAAACAGGGUGUUACUGAUGAAGAAUAUGAGGCAGCUGAUGCUGAUUGGGGUGAGGAGCUUGACAUGGUUGAGGUGGAUGACUUACAAAAUGGGGAAGUUGCUGCAAUUUUGGAGGAUGGGGAAGUGGCAGAUGAAAGUGAAGAGGGUGGAUGGGAGUUGGAAGAUUUAGAACUGCCCCCUGAAGCUGACACCCCAAAAGCUUCAGUUGGUACAAGAUCUGUUUUCGUGGCCCCAACCCCUGGUAUGCCUGUAAGUCAGAUAUGGAUUCAGAAAUCAUCUCUCGCGGCAGAUCAUGCAGCUGCUGGCAACUUUGAUACUGCAAUGCGGUUACUGAACCGUCAACUAGGGAUAACAAACUUUGCACCCUUGAGACCCACGUUUCUUGAUCUUAAUACUGGCAGCCAUUCCUAUCUGCGUGCAUUUUCAUCUGCUCCGGUGAUAUCUUUUGCCAUUGAAAGAGGUUGGACUGAGUCAUCAAGUGCAAAUGUAAGAGGCCUGCCAGCAUUGCCUGUCAGACUUUCUCAAUUGGAUGAAAGGCUCAGAGCUGGUUAUAAGUCAACAACUUCUGGGAAAUUUACCGAGGCUCUUAGGGCAUUCAUCAGUAUUCUUCAUGCUAUUCCCUUGAUUGUAGUUGAGUCAAGGAGAGAAGUGGAUGAGGUGAAGGAAUUGAUUAUCGUAGUCAAAGAGUAUGUUUUGGGUCUGCAGAUGGAGUUGAAGAGAAGAGAAAUGAAGGACAAUCUAGUUCGGCAGCAGGAGCUUGCAGCAUACUUCACUCACUGCAACCUUCAAACCCCACAUUUGAGGCUAGCUUUGUUGAAUGCAAUGACUGUCUGCUACAAGGCAAAAAACCUUGCCUCGGCUGCUAACUUUGCCAGGAGGCUACUUGAGACUAAUCCUACUGUUGAAACCCAAGCCAAGACAGCAAGACAAGUGCUUGCUGCUGCAGAAAGGAAUAUGACUGAUGCCACACAGUUGAACUAUGAUUUCAGAAACCCAUUUGUCGUUUGUGGUGCAACUUAUGUGCCCAUUUAUCGAGGACAAAAGGAUGUCUCUUGCCCUUACUGCACUUCUCGUUUUGUGCCAAGUCAAGAGGGACAGCUAUGUUCUGUGUGUGAUCUUGCCACGGUUGGGGCAGAUGCUUCUGGAUUGUUAUGUUCGCCUUCUCAGAUACGUUGAAUGUGCAUCUAGACCAGAAAAAAUGUUCUCCCCAAUUUGUUCCAGGUAAAUUUUCUGCAGCAAUUCCAGUGCUUUUAAUCAAUUAAAAUUUCCUGCUAGAACCUAGAAAUAGUAUGGAAGAAUGGAUGCUUCCAAGUGAGUCUCCGUUUUUUUGUUUCCCUUUUCCUUUCCCGUUUUAUAUACUUGAAAUUAUUUUCAAUUUGAUAUACCUAAUUCAUAGUUUAGGGAUGUUAGUAUUUUAUACACUAGAAAUUGAGAGUGUGUGGUUGUAUCACUAUCAGAUGAUGGUAAAAUAUAUGUUGAAACAGUCAGGCUUCAUUUUGUUGGUUAUAAAAGAGAGUACUGUUUAUCUAUAGUUAAGCAGCUCUUCCUUCUGUUAUUUGGCUGUAUUUGUGACUUCGUGAAACUUAUUGAGCAUUAGUAAAUUUUGUCAUCCCCUUGAAUUUGCGGAAUAGGAAUGCUGGUUGUAAUCU